UACGCAGCUACUGACGUCAAGACCAGGAAGUUCCAACACAGUCAACUUGUCUGCGCGCUGUGCUCGGAGCUCAGUGUCUCUCGUUGGGUUUUUUCUUUGUAAACAAAGUGAAGGGCUCGUGUUUGUUUCAGCAUUUUGUCGUUUCGAGCGGGACGAACAGCCUCGGUGUCGCCGUGUGUCCUCUGUCUGUGACACAAUGCGUUGUUACCGUCCGUGCUAGCUGGCUAGCCGAGCAGCUAGCAGCCAGUCGCGGUUGUUUUGGUUAUUAACGUGAACGGUGACGUUACGCGGACGGUGUCUCGAGCCAGCUUCCACCGCUCCUCGCGCGCAUUGAAAGGUUUUGUUUGACGCGGUAAAGUCAGAAACUCUUUUUGUUAUACGAGUUGGCUGUUUCAGAGAGAUUCAUGUGAAUCGUGGGUGGUGCAGCAGCUACUUUACCCGCGGUCUCCUACCUGAAGACAGCACUGCUAGGGGCCCGUCCGGUUUGUCCCUUGUCCCCGAACAGUGGACGUCUGGCGAGCUUCCAAAGCUCUCUGUGAACUGGAUCCAAUGCGUGGGAUGAUGGGGACCCAGAGCAGUCCUGUCAAGAGUUACGAUUAUCUCCUGAAAUUCCUUUUGGUGGGAGACAGCGAUGUCGGAAAGGGAGAGAUCUUGGACAGUCUGCAAGACGGGUCGGUAGAGUCUCCUUACGCCUACAGCAGCGGGAUUGAUUAUAAGACCACCACAAUUCUGCUGGAUGGAAGAAGAGUGAAAUUAGAGUUAUGGGACACAUCAGGACAAGGCCGAUUCUGCACCAUCUUCAGGUCCUACUCUCGUGGAGCACAGGGCAUCCUGCUCGUGUAUGACAUCACUAACGGCUGGUCUUUUGACGGCAUUGACCGCUGGAUCCGGGAAAUUGACGAGCAUGCACCAGGCGUACCCAGGAUCCUGGUGGGCAACCGGCUUCACCUGGCUUUCAAGCGGCAGGUGCCAACAGAGCAGGCGAGGGCUUACGCGGAGAAGAACAGCAUGACUUUCUUCGAGGUCAGUCCGCUGUGCAACUUCAACGUCAUCGAAUCCUUCACAGAACUUUCUCGCAUUGUGCUGAUGAGGCACGGGAUGGAGAAAUUCUGGAGGCCCAACAGAGUCUUCAGCCUCCAAGACCUGUGCUGCCGUUCAAUCGUCUCCUGCACACCCGUGCACCUCAUCGAUAAACUGCCCCUCCCUGUGGCCAUCAAGUCGCACCUCAAGUCUUUCUCCAUGGCUAACGGCAUGAACGCGGUCAUGAUGCACGGACGCUCCUACUCUGUGGCCAACAGCGCAGCUUCAGGUGGAAGCAGCAGUGGCGGAAGCAAAGCCAACAGUCUCAAACGUUCAAAGUCCUUCAGGCCUCCACAGAGUCCUCCGAAGAACUCGUCGGCGUCCUCUAAAGGGAACUGUAAGAUUUCAUAGAGAAGGAGCGGACUAAUGGGCGCCUCCUUAGGGCCAGUAUUAAAGGUGUUGUUGCCCCAAGAGGUCACGUGGGGCACAGAAGAGCAUGAAGAGCUACCAGCAAUCUUUUCCAGAAACGGAUUCAGCUGUGAACUUACAUUGACCUUUGGGAAACCGUCUUGGACAGGUGGUUUGGUUUCUGUUCUCUUUGCGCUUGCUGGUGCCAUCUUGUGGAUGUCCGUUUACCCGUACUGUUUACUACAGAGGCUCACUGUGAUCAAGUAGAACAAGAUUUCCCUGGGACCAACAGAUGUGAAUCAAGGAUAAUCACUCUCCUGUUAACACUACAAACGAGUGGAGGGACGUUAGCUAUCUUUUUAUUUGGAAUAUGAUUGUUGUAUUUAACGUUGGACUUGAAGUUGUAAAUAUACAUGUGCUAGUUGUUCUGGUCUGUGUUUGGUAAUCGAUCCUGGAGAGGUGCUUCUUAUGCUUGUUUUUGUCUGUUUUGUAUUUGUGUAGUGUCUGUCAUAGAAAAAUUCCCUCUGCAACCUCAAGGGCGUUGAGCUGCUUAUUUAAAACUCAGAUUAGUGAAGUUUUAAAUAAGACUGGCUUCAGUUGAAUGUUCUGAAUAGAGUGGGGCUAGUUUCUUCAGAUAAACUAGUGCUAGACUAAAAAAAAAAAAACCUUCAGUCUAGCAUUACUUCAUCUGUGAGACUUUCCAGCAAAGUCGAGCUGAGUCGUCCCGCUUUGAAGACUUCCUGCAGUGCCCCUAAAUUCCAGCCCAAAUGAAAUCCCCCUCUAUCUCCAUCAGUCAUUGCUUUGAACAUCUGUUGACUUUCUCAGGCCUCUAAAUCUUAAUAACCUCAGUUUGUCUCAUCAGUUUAACCGGUUUAACCCACCAGCAGCAUGAUCAAUCAUUAUUAAACUCUCGACGCAAUUAAGAGACCGCUCGGCGCUGACGAGGAAACCUUGUACAGAUUGUUUUGCUCGGUUGCGUCGGCACCUUCAGAAAGUGUCUUGGUAUCUUAACAGGAAUUUGUGAAACUCAGUGAACAUUGGUGAGAGGAUUCUUUUCAUUUGAUUUGCAUAUUGUAUGUAUAUGCUAUAUGUAUUUAUGAAUGUAAAACAAUAUUCAUCCGCUACUUCUUUCUGUGGCCAUGUGGUUAUAAUAUGUGGGACUGUAAGAAUCAGAGGUGGAAAGUCAGAUCUGCUACUGUAAACUUUGUAUUUAGAUAUUUGUACUUUUGCUGCUUACGUUUAUUCAUAUUUUUUAGACCCGUCGUUCACAGCAGAAAAUGUAUUCCUAACAAUGUGGCCACUAAUGUCAUAUGAAUUUUAAUCAGAGCUAAUGAUAUCAUUUCUUUUCUAAUUGUAUAAUCGACACAGAUACUUUUAUUCUGAUAUACAUACUCAGUUUUCUUUCCACCUCUGAUCAACGUGCUGUAUUUCCACUUCAACAUUCCCAGUGUCAUGGCUACAUGUCUGUGAUAAGGUCAUCCAGGGCAUAAAAAAACUGAUUGGUGCAUGUUUCUUCCCGGCGCCUGUUUUUAUGUGGUGUAUUGAGAGCAGUACAAUAGGCUAACACAACUCUUUGGUGAACAUUUAAAGCACUAUGUGUAAACGUUUGAUGGUGUUGCUAUCAGAGCUGUGUCUCCAGGUUUUGGAUACUGGAUUCAUUCAAAUUUGUCUCCAUUGAAAACAGUCACCCAUCAAAAUAAAGGGUAAAACUACAAGGUC